AUGGCGUCCGCACCAGUACCGGUAUUCUUCGAGCUGAGCUGGUCUAUACUGUCAACAAUAUGCAUGGGAAAUGUUCUCCUCGGAUGUCUAGUAUGCGGUAUCACCAACUGGACGCUGCUGGCCGCCGUGCCUAUGUUUUCAUCGGCGGCCGGAGCUAUCGCGAACGGGUUGUGUUAUGUGGUGUAUUAUCAGAAACACCCCCCGAUGGUGACCGCAAUAGCUUCAGUGUUUGCAGAUAUCUUCUGGCUGCUGCAAGAAGCCGGUCUUUUGUUUUACAGUUAUAUUAUUCUAAAGCGAGUUCUUCGUGGCUUGAGAUGGAGAGUCUUUGCUUCUCUUUUCUGGUCCGGUAUCGCGGGUAUCGUCAUGGUUCGAAUCGUCAUCAUCACCUUCCGAGUCCGCUCUAUCCUUGCCGAAAACAACGACUUGCUCAUGACCAUCAACCACAUCCACAUCGGCUACUUUGGCCUUAUCGCCCUACUCGAAUGCCUCAGCGCAUAUUUCCUUAUGGUCCUCUUCACUUCAGCAAAGGCUUCAUCAGCCGAGAUUGCACGCAGCGGUGGUCUUUUCCAAUAUUUGGCUAGGAGUACAGAAAUGAGAGUCGCACUUCUGGCCCUACAGGGUGUGCUCCGAGCUGUUACACAUUCAUUCAAGACUGCUGGUCAGACUGCUGAGAAUAUCGCCACUCAGCUCGAUCGCUUUUUCUACGCCGUUUUUUGCCUGUAUUCCAUGGUCCUGUACAUUGAUCUUCUUUCUUCCAAGCUCAAGUUCAGCGCCGGCAGCCAAGACUACCCGUCAUCCCGAGAUCGUUAUCACCAGAACAGCCGCCAUCAAAGCCACUUCCCUUCAUCACAGAGGGAUGAGUUCGGUCAGACCAAAUCCAGACAUACCGUCGUUAUCAACGGGGGAAAGAACAAGACGAGAAGUGAUUCUACCGAUCAGAUUAUAGAGUGCAAUUCAUCAACAGGCGAUGCCUCUAUUAAGCUUGAUGACAUGGAUAUGAAGGGUAUUGUGACAACAAAACGCAUAUCAAUUACUUCUAUCAAUCAAGAUCAAGCAACGCACGUUUGA